AUGCUACCUAUAGCAUUUGCAGUGGUUGAAGGAGAAAAUAGAGACAGUUGGACAUGGUUCUUGGAGUUAUUGAUUGAUGACCUUGGUGGAAAAAAUGAGUGCCUCACAUACACCUUCAUGUCAGACCAGCAAAAGGGAUUAUUACCAGCCAUGGAUGAACUGUUGCCCAAUGUAGAGCAAAGAUUCUGUGUCAGGCACUUGUACAACAAUUUCAGGAAAAGAUAUCCUGGGAAAAUGCUUAAGGAAAUAAUCUGGAGGGCUGCUAAGGCUACUUAUGCUCAGGCCUGGGAAAGAGAGAUGAAGAGGAUGAGGCUGAUAAAUGAAGAAGCAUACCUACAUAUGAUGAAGACACCUCCAAGAUUUUGGAGUAGAUCUUACUUUAGAGGGACUAAUAAAUGUAAUGUUGUAGUGAAUAACUUGUCUGAAUCUUUCAACAGUGUUAUUCUUGAAGCAAGGUCCAAACCCCUAGUGACUAUGGUAGAGGAGAUAAGGACAUAUUGUAUGGAAAAAUGGGCAACAAAUAGAAUGAGGUUUCAAAAAUUGGCUGAUGAUGAUGUGCUGCCUAACAUUAGAAAGAAGGUUGAUAGAACAAGUACUUACACAAAUUCAUGGAUUGUGAGGAUGUCUGCUGAACACAUAUUUGAGGUUCAUCAUGUAGAAAACCAUGCAGAUAAAUUUGUUGUGAAUUUGAAGGAAUGUGUGUGCACCUGUAGGAGGUGGGAAUUAACUGGACUUCCAUGUGUUCAUGCAUUAGCUAGCAUUAAAAGUAGGAACUUCAAGGUUGAGGAAUACAUCCCUGCAUAUUAUAGGAAGUCAAUGUACAUGAAAGUGUAUUCAUCUAUAAUUUAUCCUUUGAAUGGAUCAAAUCUAUGGGCCAGAACUGAAUAUCCAGAUGUGCUCCCUCCUAAGUAUAGGAGGAUGCCUGGGAGACCAAAGAAAAGGAGAAAUUUGGAGCAGGGAGAGAUAGAUGGUUCUGACAAAAAAAUGAGGAGAGUAGGAUUGGCAAUCAGGUGUUCAAGGUGCAAGAAACCAGGUCACAACAAAACAACAUGUAAGAUUACUCAGAGUACUCAAGGUACUCAACAGAACACUCAAGCAACUCAGCCAACUCAGCCUGCUACUCAACCUGUGUCUCAACCUGCAGUGAAUUUGUCUCAAUCUGUGUCUCAACCUGCUGUGAACCUGUCUCAGCCUGCAUCUGCACAAGGAUCCAAGACAUCUACUCAACCAUCCAAGAAAUCUACUCAACCAUCCAAGAAGACAACUACAAGGCCAGCAAAGUUGGGUGUUAGAAGACCAACAACCCCUUUUGUUCCCCCUGGACCAACUACACGACUUAGUGCUGCCAAGAAUAUGAUUGGCCCAACUACAAGGAGGACAACACCAACCAAGAGGACAACACCCAAGAAAAAAAAUUAG